AUGCUGGUCACCCAACCUUUACACGCCGACGACGUGCCGCCCGGGGCGUGCUACGAGCUCAAAGCACCGUUGAAGGAGGCGCCCCGACCGGUCGGCGGAUGGGACGCCAGGCGCAUCGCCGACUUUGCACUGUUUGCGACGCUUGCGGCGAGCGGUGCGGGGCACGCCAUCUACACUGCCAUGCAGGAAGCGAAUGUGACGGACAUUGCGACCGACAGUGCGGCCUUGCACGGCCGGCUGCUUGCGGGCAUGGCGCCCCACGCCGGUGCAGAGGCAGAUAAGGAGACUUUCCACGCACUCGCGGGCAGCAUCGGUCUCAUGCUCUUCGAUGCCGCGCUGCUGCCCUUUGUGCUCGCCACGUGGGCCGCGCUGCUUGGGCUCGGCACCCGGCGCGCCAAGGACGUGACGCGCGCCGCUAUCGCGCUCGUGCUGCUCUUGCUUGCCUUGCUCUUCCGCUCUGACACGAAGCCGGUUACGCGUGGCGAGCUGUUCGAGCUCGCAUUUAUCGUCGGCACCGUGCACUUUGUCAACAAUCUCCUCAUGCUCGAGGACGACCCGGAGGCGGACGUCGCGGCGCUCGUGCGUAAGUACCGUCGCGCGCUCAGCCUGGCGGGCACGGGCAUCGCGAUGGGCUACUUCUUCAACUUUGUGCUGCCCAUCGUGCGCGCCAUCGACGGCGGCAGGAAGCGCUUGCCAGGCAGCGCAGCUGCCACACCAUUGCCAAUCAUGCUGGACGGCAAGAAUGAGGCGCUUCGCGGCUCAUGCGCGCUCAACAUCCUCAUCCCGCGCGAUCUGCCCGACGUGCAUCUGCGCGACGCGAUCCGCAAGCUCGCCAGCCCGAGCGGCACGAUUAUCGGCGACCAGAGCUUCCGCCCGAUGCCCGUCACACGGAUGGCAUCACGGAUGGCAUGUUCGACAUCCCCACGGCGGUUAACGCGCUCUAUCAGCGCCGGCCUUCAAUGCCAUAUUUCCGCUGCGAUGAACUGUGCGCAGCAGCGACUGAGCCGCCUUCCAGUGAUUUCACGCUCCCUCCUGGCGAGCCUGCGGCGCGACGACGUGGCGGGCGCGAACACGGCGACCGCGGGCGCGCCGGUGGACACAUCGGAGGUGUCGCUCGCCUUAGAGUUGGCCGAUUUUGCAAACGCCCUCAUCGGCCUCAUCUAG